GUUGGAAGAUUAUUGGGCAAGAAUCUUUUUGUUUGUGUACUUGACUUUCACUUUGGAUGAAUGUACAUGUGACAAGGCUGAAGUCGGGAAAAAGACCUGGAGUUAAUUGUCGUGAUGUGCCUUGUCAGUCAAUUAGAAAAGUAAGCAGACUGUGCCAAUGUCAUGAUAACUUCCAGAUGAACAUCAUCCUCUGUCUGCUCUCUACACAACAUUCGUUCCUCUGUCAGAGAGGAGGAGAGAUUGAGCCAGGAGGAGGAGAGAUUGAGCCAGGAGGAGGAGGAUGGAGUUAGCAGUUUAAUGUGUGUGUGUGUGAGAGAGAGAGAGAGAGAGUGAGUGAGUGAGUAAUGUGCAGGCAUUAUAGUGUUGCAUGUCUGGGUUCAGGCCCUAAUGCUCUAUGUUAGUGAUAGUAAGAGGAACAUUUAGAGACAACCGAGAACAUGGAGACCACCUUGGCCCUCGUGAUUUUGUCCGUGGUCCUCUGGCAUCUGCACAUCUCUGCUGCACUGCACUGGAGGAGAGUACUGUACCCGUCUGCCUUUAGAACGAAGCGAGGAACUCCAGCUCUGCUUAACCCCUCAAUUCAGAGAUCAGUGGAGGACGCCAACCUGCUCUAUGAGGUGGUGUGGUCUGGGCUGUAUGUGGAAGCAGAGAAAAACGUGCUCCGCGUGGCCGACGAGGAACUCGCUUCUCUCCGGAGGCUGCAGCCUCUGGAGGUAGUGUGUGAGGACGUCCUGCCGAGGACGCUGUCAGAUAUCCGCCGCCUCUGCCAUAAUCUGGAACAGCGCCGGGCUCGCAUGAGCAAGGAGGACUUUGAGCGGACCGUGCUUACUAUGGUGUACACGGCUGAGCGACUAGCACAGAGCAGCACGGACCAUCAGAGGGAGCUGUGGGCUGAUGCGCUGCUUCAGCUGUAUAAACGUAUUAAAAAAGAUCUGGGAGCCGAGUGACGCAGCACAACAGUGUACUAUAAUACUAACGUACAAAAUUAUCAAAAUAGCAUAGUAUAUAGUACCACUAUACUCAUGUUGUACUCUGGAAGCAGAAGGCUAUACGUUUGAACAUAAACGGGGAAAAACAAGCCUAACUGUGCAUCACCAAACAUCUGGAUGUCCAGAUGUUUUGAUUAGAUGCUUGAUCUACACUCUCCGGCCACAUUAAUAGGAACACAUAUAAUUAUAUAUAUAAAAUAUAAAUAUGUAAAAUAUAUAAAAUAUAUAUAUAUAUAAUAUAAAUAUAGAAAUAUAUAAUAUAAAUAUACAACACACACACACACACA